UGCCUUGCAUUUUUUCCCUCAAAUAGAGGGAACAAAACAAUGGAGAAGAAAAAAGGAACAAUUCUUCUCUUCCCCUUCAUGGCUCAAGGCCACAUUAUACCGUUCUUAUCCUUAGCCUUCAAAUUAGAACAGAAAGGUUACAAAAUAAUUUUUGUGAAUACACCUCUCAAUAUCAAGAAACUCAAAUCAUCCAUCCCUCAAAAUUCCUCUAUUUCCCUUCUUGAAAUCCCUUUCAAUAGCUCUGAACAUGGCUUACCUCCAAACACUGAAAACACUGAUUCACUUCCUUAUAAACUCUCCUUACAAUUUACAACAAUUUCGUCUUCUCUUGAGCAUUCAUUUAGAAAUCUUGUUUCUAACCUUGUUCAAAAGCCACUUUGUAUAAUAUCAGACAUGUUUUUUGGAUGGUCAGCAAAUAUAGCUCAUGAAUUUGGAAUUUUUCAUGUCAUUUUCAGUGGGGCUAGUGGUUUUGGCUUAGCAUGUUAUUACUCUAUGUGGCUAAAUUUGCCUCAUAAAAAAACAAAAAACUCUGUUUUUACUAUGCCUGAUUUCCAAGAAGCUGGCAAUCUUGAUGUUAGUCAAUUGAGUCCAAGUCUAUUGGCAGCUGAUUCUAAUGAUCCUUACACAAACUUCAACUGGAAAAAUCUUUCCAACUGGAUGAACUCUGAUGGGAUUCUUUUCAAUACAGUUGAAGAUUUAGACAAGCUUGGAUUAAUGUAUUUUCGUCGAAAAUUAGGAGUACCUGUUUGGGCAAUUGGACCAAUACUUUGGCCAGCAAGUAGUACUAAACAAAGUGCUUGUAAAGAAACAGAGAAGUGCAUCAAAUUUCUUGAUGAAAAAGAAGCAAAAUCAGUGCUUUACAUUUCUUUUGGCUCUCAGAACACAAUAUCAGCAUCACAAAUGAUGGAAUUGGCAAAAGCCUUGGAUAAUGCUAGUGGAGUAAACUUCAUAUGGGUUGUUAGGCCUCCUUUGGGUUUUGACAUAAACAUGGAGUUCAGAGCAGAGGAAUGGCUACCUGAGGGGUUUGUUCAACGCGUUUUCGAGGAUCAAAACGGGGGACUCAUAGUGCCAAAAUGGGCUCCUCAGGUUGAAAUCUUGGCACACAAAUCAGUUGGAGCUUUCUUGACACAUUGCGGAUGGAAUUCAGUGUUGGAAUCACUUGGGAAUGGAGUGCCACUUCUUGGUUGGCCCAUUGCAGCAGAGCAAUUUUACAAUGCAAAAUUCUUGGAGCAAGAUGUUGGUGUUUGUGUUGAGGUGGCUAGAGGGAACAAUUCUCAAGUUAAGCAUGAGCAUAUAUUGGAAAAGAUUGAGUUGGUUAUGGCGGGAAAUGAGAAAGGGAAGGAAAUCAGAAGGAAAGCUUGUGAAGUUAGGGAAAUGAUAGGAGGUGCUAUUAUAGAUGAUGAGGAUUUCAAAGGGUCAUCUAUUAAAGCAAUGGAUGAGUUUCUUAAUGCAGCUUUGUCCAUGAACAAGAUGUCAAAUGGAGAUCAUCUGCUGAUGACUAGCCAAAAAGAGAAUAUGAAGAAGAUGUCAAUUGAUGUAAGGAUUAAUGAAAAUACGUCGAAAAGUUGGGAAGACCAUUCUUCUACAUGGUGUUAAUGAUAGGAUACAAAAUAUAUAUAUAUUAGAUGAAAGUAAUUGU